GGGCUGGAUGUGGGCUGUUGGAGACUCCAGGGGGGCAGCAGGGUAUGUGUGUAUGAGUGUGUGUGUGUGUGUGUGUGUGUGUGUGUGUGUGUGUGUUUGUUUAAGGCUCGUCGAGCAGCAGGGGAACUUGAAAACUUCAGUGCGUUCAGCGAGGGAGAUAUCUGUGAUCGGAGGAGUCAGCGAUUGGGAGCUGAAUCGGCUGCUUUACAGUCCAGCUGUGAUCGACAAAAGGAAGACCGGUCCAGUUCUCAACAUUGGAACGAUUUCCGGCCAACAUGGAUGAUUUAGAUGCUUUGUUGGCGGACCUUGAGUCCACAACAUCCCACAUUUCUAAGCGUCCGGUCUUCCUGUCUGACGAGAGCGCCUACUCCUUCCCUGUUGGAGGUCAGACCAAGCAAGACCUCUGCUCUCUGCCCCAGGUCCCACCCACUCCAUCUGAGCUAAACGGACUUGAUGAAACAGAGUCCUUCAGCUCAGCUCAGAGAAGUCCCUGGUCUAGAGAUAGCAGCAGUCCAACUCAACCCAUUGGUGAAGAGGACCACGUAUACAGUUUCCCUAAUAAGCAGAAGAGUAGUGAGUCAUCAGCCAUGAACUCAUCCUUGGGCAGCAACCUGUCUGAGCUGGACCGCCUGCUUUUGGAGCUUAACGCUGUCCAGCAAAGCACUCCUGCCUUCCCCACAGAAGAAGAAGCAGCUCCCCCGCUGCCUGCCAGCAGCGUCAUCCACCACGUCCAGGAGAAUGGAGUCUCUACUGUAGGCAAGGCUGCUCCACCUGUAUUAGAGAAGCCCAAGCGCAGUAUGGCAGCUCGGGGAAUAGAGGAUGUACGACCAAGUGUAGAGAGCCUUCUGGAUGAGCUGGAAAGUUCUGUGCCCUCACCCAUUCCGACACCAUUGAUUGUGUCAGUUGGACAAAGCGAUGGACAAGAGGAAACGCCAGCACAGCAGCAAGCCAGAAUGUCUGCCUCCUCUGCCACACGAGAGCUGGAUGAGCUAAUGGCCUCCCUGUCUGACUUCAAAGUCCAAAGCAAUAUCCAGUCCCAGGGAAAGACUUCUCCCACGGGUCCCCCCAAACCAGCCAACAAGCUGGACAACAUGCUGGGAAGCCUGCAGUCCGACCUCAACAGACUCGGGGUCCAGACGGUGGCUAAAGGUGUCUGCGGAGCCUGCAAGAAACCUAUUGUUGGACAGGUGGUGACUGCCAUGGGCAGAACGUGGCACCCCGAGCACUUUGUGUGCACCCACUGCCAGGAGGAGAUAGGCUCCAGGAACUUCUUUGAGCGUGAGGGGCAGCCUUACUGUGAGAAAGACUACCACAGCCUGUUCUCACCACGAUGCCACUACUGUAAUGGACCCAUACUGGAUAGAGUAGUGACUGCUUUGGACAAGACUUGGCAUCCAGAGCACUUCUUCUGUGCCCAGUGUGGAGCCUUUUUCGGACCAGAAGGUUUCCAUGAGAAGGAUGGAAAGGCGUUCUGCAGGAAGGACUACUUUGACAUGUUUGCCCCUAAAUGUGGUGGCUGUGCCCGUGCCAUCCUGGAGAACUACAUCUCUGCUCUCAACUCACUCUGGCACCCUGAAUGCUUCGUCUGCAGGGAGUGCUUCACCCCAUUCAUAAACGGCAGCUUCUUUGACCACGAGGGCCAGCCGUACUGUGAGGCGCACUACCACGAGCGGCGUGGCUCGCUGUGCUCCGGCUGCCAGAAGCCCAUCACCGGUCGCUGCAUCACAGCAAUGGGCAAGAAGUUCCACCCAGAGCACUUUGUGUGCGCCUUCUGCCUCAAGCAGCUUAACAAAGGCACCUUCAAGGAGCAGAACGACAAGCCCUACUGCCAGGGCUGCUUUGUUAAACUCUUCAGUUAGACUGUGGGAUUGUGUAUAAAUGUGUGUUUGUGUGUGUACACGCCUCUACACAUUUAUUUACAUGUCUGGAUGCAUGUGUGGAUGUGUGUGCACUCACAUGUCUAGCAUGUCUGAGUCAGUGAAGUAGUUUUUGUGAAUGAGGGCGUUGGUGUGCUAGUGAAUCACAUCAUUAGGGUGAGAAAUGUCUUCUUCUAUUGACCCUUCCCUGGCUGUCCAACCUCUCAGGCUUGGCAUUUCAUACUUUUGCUGAAGACAUUUUUAACAGAGCCCAAAGAGAUUUUCAUUUAGAGUUUUUCUCCUGUGUGCAGCAAAGAAAACACGCUAAUGUACCCAUGUGUGUGUGCAUAUGUGAGCAUAUGGGCAUCAAAUUAAGAUUUCCUCAGAGCCUUUAUUUGUAAAAGCAGGGCAAGACCCUAUGGUGGUUUUAUGCAGAUAUGAGACAGCUGCUUGAUUGCAUGGACCAUUGACUUAAACAGUUUUAGGAAUAUGUUGAGUGUUGAAUACAUAGUGCUUGGCCAAUGAGUGUUGAAAUAAUCUAUGAAAAAUAUGUAUUUUUGUAGCUUUAAAAAUAACCAUGAUAUAUGUACAUUCACACUCACACACACACACACACACACACAGACAGAACUUCUCCUUCACUUCUUUAAAAUACCAGUUCAAACUGCACACUCCAACCACAGAUCUCUUGAUGAGAUCAUCUUAAAGUGCAUUUUACAGGUGUCUGCAAGAUAUUAGCUAGUCCUUAUUUUUCUACUAUUUUACUAUGAAAAUAAACCCAGAUGUUUUCUCAGUUUCAUCAAACAUUACACUCACAUUUCUGCUCUUGUAUGUUGAUUAUUUCCCACUGGGAGUGAAAUCAGACUUUAGAAAGUCAUUAUAUAGAACUUUUGUAGCAACUUGGAACUUAAUUUUUACUUUCCUACUGCAAAGUGUGUACUGUGUCAUUUUACAUUAAUAAUGUUGAAAUAAAAUGAAACGGUUGCGAUUGAUGAUGGCAAAAAGUAGGUCUUUAAGAAUAACAUAUGUACUAUGGUUAUUAAUGUUGGAUUUAUGGUGCAAUUUAAAACAAGCCAAAACAAAGUUGAUUGUCUUUACUCCAGAUUAAAAGUGGAGAUUUUCCUGCUGUAUUUACCCACACAGAAUAAAUUCAGAAGAAUUCAAUUCAGAACAAAUGAUGCUUCAGUUUAACAUCUUUUUCAUAUGUUACUAUUGUGAAUUUAUCACUGUAUUUAAUCUAUUAAUAAGGCUGGUGCAACAUUUAAAAUACGGUUGUGCUUUUGGAUUAGAAGCAUGCGUUCUUUUAUGUGGAGUUUUAUCAGCACUAGCUGCCAGUUGCUGUUACAAUCAGAAUCAAAAUGUGUACACCUGUAAUAUGCUCGACUUUGUGACUGAACUGUGUUUUGUCACUGUUUGAUGGAAAUAUAUAUAUUUUUGAGCUGUUUGGGCUCACACUGAUAUGCAAAGAGCUGGCUCUAAUGACAUGUAGGCUAACAAUAGUUGAUCCUGUUCUCGCACACAACACGUACCAGCUUUGAUUCCAGUGUGUCAGGAAGCGCAGCCCUCUUUAUUUUCAUUAUGAGUCAUAAACUAUGAUCCUGCUGUCUGAGUUGAUGUCAGCACUUGGCUCACUGAUGGAAGCUGGAUGUUGGUGUUAGCUGGUCAGGAAUCAGUAUACAACACCAAGCCAGGGCCAAGCAUCUAGCAACAUUUAUGUAAUGACUAAUUUCAACUUUAUUUUACUUGUAGCUCUGUUUUGUCACAUAUGAGACAAUGAGUGAUUUUUGAUUUGACAAUAUUGCUUGUCUUUAAUUUGAUCACUAUGUGUGCACCUAGUGAAUACACAGUAUCCACAUUGUUUUUACUUUGAGAAAAUGUUUGCUUCUGUGCCAAAUGUGUCAAUGCAAUAAGGUCUUAUACACUGUGGAGUUCUCAACUUGUUCCUGUGAUUUGACUCUUUAUGUGCUGAACUCUAGAAGAGGCUUUGUCUGCUGUGGUGCAUCUUAACUCCGAACACCCAAAAGUUUACACUGUAAUAGACAAGCCCAGGAGAGUCAUUCAGCAGACAGUAUAGUGUACACUUGUAGCUGUUUCAGAUUUACAGAAAGUAGCAGGGGUAAAUGAACAGAUCUGACUUAAUUUUGCCCCAUGUAUAUUUAUCUGCUUACAGUAUAUUGCCUUAUAGUUUUUGCUUCUGUCAAAGAAUUUGUAAUAAAAAAAAAAAAAAGCCUUUUACUGUUAAUGAGAUAACGUGAACUUUUGCUUUGUAAAUGGAGACAUUCAUGUGAUCUUUCACCAUUUGAAUUUUUUCAUGAUCCACAAAUUUGACUGUGUGGGUGGGGUGUAUGCGGGUCCUGAUUACUGACUGAUUAUUAUAACUGCUGCAAAUAAAAUAAGAACUUUAUUUCUGCCA